AAACACCCCAAAUUUCUGUCUUCCUUUGCGUUGUAUAAGUCUCUUAAUUCUCCUGAUAUAGUUUGCAUCCUAGAACCUAGGAUCAGUGGGAAUGAUGCCAAAGAUGUCAUCAAGUCCAUGGGCUACGACUCUUGUGAGGUGUCUGAUGCUGUUGGGUUUAGUGGAGGUAUUUGGGUUGUGUGGAACAGUAAGAACUUGAACCUUGAGCUGGUUGUUAAGCAUAGACAGUUUAUUCACUUAAAGUGUGUGAUGGGAAACAUAAUUAGGUUCUUCAUAACUGUCGUCUAUGCAAGCCCUAAUGAACACGAAAGGGGGGUGUUAUGGGAAGGAAUCAGGUGCAUAGAGAAACAAAUUGCAAAGCCUUGGCUCUUAACAGGUGACUUCAAUUCAAUCUUGAAGCCUUCCGAGAAGCAAGGUGGCGCCGUUUUUAACAUUGCCAAGACAAGAGCUUUCAAGGACUGUAUCGAGGAUUGUGGACUACUCGACUUGGGGUUCACAGGACCUAGAUUUACGUGGUUCACAAGUAAAUCCCAAAUUAAGGAGAGACUUGACAGAAGCCUCUGCAACAUUGAGUGGCAUAAUGAGUUCCAGUCCUCUUAUGUGAUCCAUCUUCCCAAGAUCAAGUCUGACCACAGACCUAUUCUGACCUGCAGUUCCAUGGAUGCAGGAAGAAAAAAACCGGUGAGGAGAUUCCAAUUUCUUGCACCUUGGUUAACACAUGAUGAUUUCUUUCCUUUCCUGCUCUUUGCUUGGAAGAAGGAAUUUGAUUUCAAUUCUGCAUUGCAGGGUCUUACUGAAGAUCUCAAAGAGUGGAAUCAUAAAGUUUUUGGAAACAUCUUCAGAAGGAAAAGGGAACUGGUUAACAGUCUUCAGUCAUUGGAGCUGCACAACGGAAGGAAUUCCACUAGGAGCUCAAUUGCCAAAGAACAGGAGAUAAGGGAGGAACUGGAAAGUACACUCUGGCAAGAGGAACUUCUUUGGAUCCAGAAAUCUAGAGCUAACUGGGUGGUUUAUGGAGAUCUCAACACCAAUUAUUUCCACAAUUCUACCCUGAGCAGAAGGAAGCAUAACAGAAUUCUCAGCCUCAAGGACGACAAUGGGCAAUGGUUGAGUGACCCAGAAGCUUUGUUGUUGAUGGCACGUGACCACUUUGUCAACAUUUACACAAGAGAAGACAGAUCAGAGGCACUUGCCCUGCCAGCUGACUUCCCUCAGAUUGAUUCCUCUCGACUGAGAAACCUGUGUACCAUGCCCAGUGUAGAUGACAUAAAGAGUAUUGUUAUGGACAUGAAUGGUCUCAAAGCACCUGGGAAAGAUGGCUAUCAAGCUAUCUUUUAUCAGAAAUGUUGGAACCAUAUUGGAAAUGACUUCUCACUGUUUGUUCAAUCUUGUUUCAGGGAUCCCAGUAGAAUCCAGUUGGUAAAUGAAACUCUUUUGGCUUUGAUCCCUAAAGUUGAAGGGCCUUGGUCAAUGAAUCAGUUCAGACCAAUUAGCCUUUGCAACGUGGGAUACAAGGUGGUGGCCAAGAGGGUUGCAAACAAAUUAAAGUCCCUGAUGCCUGAUCUUGUCCAUCCAAACCAAUCAAGCUUUGUGCCUAAACGUCACAUUACUGAUAAUAUCAUUAUUUUGCAGGAAACAGUUCACUCUUUGUCAAAGAAAUCAGGUAGGAAAGGAAACAUGAUCCUGAAGGUGGACCUAGCCAAAGCCUACGAUAGAAUUGAUUGGAACUUUUUGGAAGAAACCCUCAAGGAAGCUCACCUUCCUGAUGACUGCAUCCGGCUGGUUAUGGAAUGUGUCACCACCACCAGAUUUCAGGUCCUCUGGAAUGGUGAAGAGACUGAGAGUUUCAAGCCAACAAGGGGACUUAGACAGGGCUGCCCCCUGUCUCCCUACCUGUUCACACUCUGCAUUGAGAGACUCAGCCACUGCAUCAUCAGUGAGGUAAAGAAUGGGAACUGGAAACCUAUUAAGCUUUCUGUUGCUGGUCCAGCCCUUUCCCAUCUUUUUUUUGCUGACGACUUAGUGUUAUUUGCUGAAGCUAAUGGUAAACAUGCUGAUGUGGUUAUGUCGUGUAUGGAAAGAUUCUGUUUGGCCUCUGGGGAACUCAUUAGUAAGGAAAAAUCCAGGGUGUUCUUCUCUAAGAACACUACCAAAGCUACUAGGAUUGAGGUGUGCUCUAGACUUGGUAUUCAGGAAACCUAUGACCUUGGGAGAUACCUGGGGAUGCCAGUGAUCCAUGGCAGAAUGACCAGGAAUACUUACAGGUUUGUUUUGGAAAAGUUGGAUGGCAAACUUACAGCAUGGAAAGCCAAAACGCUAUCACUUGCUGGUAGAGUUACACUAGCUUUGGCUGUCCUGAAUGCCAUUCCUAACUUUGCUAUGCAAACUUCCCCCCUUCCUCUCUCUGUCUGUGAUGAAAUUGACAAAAAGAUUAGGAGGUUCGUUUGGGGAGGGCAGGAGGGUAAAAGAAAGACCCACCUGGUCUCUUGGAACACUAUUUGUAAGCCUAAGAGCCAAGGUGGUCUGGGCCUCAGAUCUGCCAGAAACUUGAACAUGGCAUACAUGAUCAAGUUGGCUUGGCAGAUGCUUAACAACGAUUCUGAGCUUUGGGUGCAGGUCCUACAAGGGAAGUAUUUUAAGCAUAAAGAUGGUGUCAUUACCUCUAUGAAGAAGAGUAAUCAUUCAAACUUGUGGAAGGCGAUUGUCAAAGCAAUGCCUCUGAUGAAAAGCGGCUGUUGCUGGAGCAUCAGGAAUGGGGAGUCUACAAGUUUUUGGUCUCAUCCAUGGAUUGACUGUGAUCUCAAACUUGAAGAUUUCCUCCUUGACGACCUGACACCCACUAAAAGAAACUCACCAGUGGCAGCAUGGGCUACUGAAGAAGGUGAGUGGGACUGGAACCGACUCAAACCACUCCUCCCUGAUGACAUUCUUAAUCUGAUUGCAGGCAUGGAAGUUCCGAAUGCACAGCUUGGCGAGGACAAAACCAUAUGGGCAAUGGAACGUGAUGGGAGGUUUAGACUCAAAUCGGCCUAUGCACUUGCUGCAGGGUUGGAUGAGGCUGAUGAUGAUCAAAGCUGGACUAAACUAUGGAAAUGGAAGGGACCAAACAGAGUUAAGCAUUUUUUGUGGCUGGUGAUGCACGAUCGCUUAAUGACUAACAAGGAGAGAGCGAAGAGAAAACUCACAGACAACCAAAACUGCAGCCAAUGCAAAGAUGUGGAGGAGUCGAUCGAGCAUAUUCUACAGCAAUGUCCAUCUGCAAAACUUAUAUGGAUAAAGUUCAAAGACAAGCUAAAGGUCAACAGAACUGGUAUGGACUUCAAAGAGUGGAUGAUGAAGAACCUCUCAGAUGAGCAAAGUGGGAUAGAUUUUGGAAUUGUGUGCUGGAAUAUCUGGAAGCAGCGGAAUGAGCAUGCCAUGGAAGGAAAGGCUUUCAACCUGCAGAGUCUUACCUGCAGAAUUCAGGCAUGGUUCAAUAUUGUGAAGCAGGCUAAGCUUUUGGUCAGGAAAACUUCAACUGCAGGCGGCCCCUCUACCUGUAAGAAACAUGUGUCCUGGAAACCACCACGGGAAGGGUGGAUUCAGCUCCAAACAGACGGGUCGUUCUACUCGUCCACGGGCAGUGCUGCUGCAGGGGGCCUGCUUCGUGAUCACCUUGGAAGAUGCAGUAAAGCAUUUGUGUGCAACUUGGGCACCUGUUCGAUUACUUGCGCUGAACUGAAAGCGGCUGCAGUGGGUCUCAAGAUUGCGUGGGAUGAGGGGCAUAAGAAGGUGGAGUUGAACCUUGACUCGGAAACUGCCAUUGCAAUCAUCAAGAAUUCUGUUGAUGAUGAUCACAGACACGGACUACUUGCAGCAACUAUUAACAAACUUUUGAGCCUCGAGUGGGAGGUGAAGAUUACCCAUGUUUUUAGAGAAAUGAAUAGUGCAGCUGACUAUCUUGCAAAUGUCGGUCACUGUUAUUCUUUUGGUACACAUUCAUUCGAUGUGUACGAAGUCGGUCUUAGACACUGGCUCUUUCAUGAUGUAAUGGGGAUUUCCCAGGACCGUGUUAUUACAGUAAUGAAUUAGACGCACUAGCGUCACUCUUUCUACCAAAAAAAAGAAAAGGGGAGAAACCGA